AUGCUAAGAUUGUUAACUAAGAGUGCAAUUUCUGCUCCUAAGCGCAGUAUCAAUUGGAAUCAAGGUGUUCUAAGAUUAAGUUCAACUUUUACAAUUCCAAAGACUCAAAAAGGUGUGAUCUUUUAUGAAAGUAAUGGCCCAUUACAUUAUAAAGAUAUUCCUGUCCCUGUACCAAAACCAAAUGAAAUUCUAAUCAAUGUGAAAUAUUCUGGUGUUUGUCAUACUGAUUUACAUGCUUGGCAAGGUGACUGGCCUUUACCUACAAAACUACCGCUGGUCGGUGGUCAUGAAGGUGCAGGUGUAGUUGUUGCAAAGGGUUCAGAAGUGAAAAAUUUUGAAAUUGGUGAUUUAGCUGGUAUCAAAUGGUUAAAUGGUUCAUGUAUGUCAUGUGAAUUGUGUGAAACAGGUCAUGAAUCUAACUGUGAACAAGCUGAUUUAUCAGGUUAUACUCAUGAUGGUUCAUUUCAACAAUAUGCUACUGCAGAUGCUGUUCAAGCCGCUAGAAUUCCAAAGGGUACCAACUUGGCUGAAGUAGCCCCUGUCUUAUGUGCAGGUAUCACUGUCUAUAAAGCUUUAAAAGAUGCUAAUUUGAAAGCUGGUCAAUGGGUAGCAAUCUCAGGUGCUGCCGGUGGUCUAGGUUCUUUAGCGGUUCAAUAUGCUAAAGCAAUGGGUUAUAGAGUAUUGGGGAUCGAUGGUGGUAAAGGUAAAGAAGAAUUAUUUAAUUCUUUAGGUGGUGAAGUAUUUAUUGAUUUCACUAAAUAUAAGGAUUCCAAAGAAAUGAUUAAUGCUAUUAAAGAAGCCACUAAAGGUGGUCCUCAAGGUGUUAUUAAUGUUUCUGUCUCCGAAGCAGCCAUCUCCAUGUCUACUGAAUACGUUAGACCUACUGGUACAGUUGUUCUAGUUGGUUUGCCAGCACAUUCAUAUGUUAAAUCUGAAAUUUUCUCACAUGUUGUCAAAUCUAUCAAUAUUAAGGGUUCUUACGUUGGUAAUAGAGCAGACACAAGAGAAGCCCUAGAUUUCUUCUCCAGAGGUCUAAUCAAGUCACCAAUUAAGAUUGUUGGUUUAUCAGAAUUACCAAGUGUUUACGACCUAAUGAAGAGCGGUAAGAUUCUUGGUAGAUACGUUGUCGAUACUUCAAAAUAG